AUGAAAACCAAGCUGAGUGCGGCACUUUCACAUGCCUUGUGUAUUUUCUGCGCUGUACAUGGCUCUGGUCUGCUCUUUCGUUUAAUAUGCACCCUUCACACGCUCCUCUUUUACACCCCUCGUAACACAAUCACACGGAUCAUGUACAAAAACGAUAACAGAGCCAAGCAACCGAUCCACCAGAGGGAGCACGAUGAUACCACCCAUUUCCUCAAUUGCAAUAUACCAGCGAGAGAAUCACGACAGCUCGUGAUCUCGGAUGCGACGGGGACGCUGAAGGCAGAAGGCACCCUCCUCGUGGCGGGGGCGGUGGUGGUGGUGGCCGGGUUGCUAGGCUGCAUCGCGUCCUCACAGCGGGACAGGACGCUUCUGCUGGCGUACGGAUGCCUCAUGAUUGCUUCUGGUCUUCUCGAAGCCGGUGUAGGCAUCUGGUGCUUUGUGGACAGCGACUUGGCCAACGACAUCCAGGAUUACCCUCUCCCUUACAACGCUUCAGCGCCUCCUUCGUCCUCCACCAGCGGGAAGGGCCUUGAAGUCGCCUAUUUGCCUAUGGAGGAGGGCAAGUACAGCGUAAGCCAGCCUAUUCUUCACCUGAAGGCUUGGUAUGGCCAGCCUGCCCACACAGAAUACACUCGCGUGGUGGAUCACGUGCAGGAAAGGCUUUCGUGUUGCGGACUCACAGGCCCGAAGGAUUACCUCUCGAGCGAGUGGGAGGAUCAAGCCAACGCCUCCUUUCCCGUCGUCCCUCGCUCCUGCUGCCUCACCAUCCUGCCUGAGGUAACGUUCCCUUGCGAGCUUUUGGUGUGA